CCCAAGUAACUAACGUCGUCGGAGUGGUUGGAUUUUUCGCGGCCUUGUGAAUCGUUUAUUGCCAGGGCAAAGGAAACAUAACGUUACAAAGAUGAAAGCUCUGGACUAGAGGUGGAUUGGAAAGGAAGAAGAUAAACAGGAAAUCCGAAAGGAAACAGGAAUAAUUCUCCGUGGCCAUGGCCUAUUCUAACUACAGCAACUUGAGCAGGGCUCAGCUCACAUUUGAGUACCUGCACACAAAUUCGACAACCCACGAGUUCUUAUUUGGAGCCUUGGCAGAGCUUGUGGACAAUUCACGAGAUGCCAAUGCCACGCGAAUAGACAUCUACUCAGAAAAAAGACCAGAGCUGCGGGGCGGCUACAUGCUCUGUUUUCUGGAUGACGGUAUUGGAAUGGACCCUCAUGAGGCAACUCAUGUGAUUCAGUUUGGAAAGUCAAGUAAACGAUCCCCUGAGUCCACUCAGAUUGGCCAGUAUGGAAACGGACUGAAAUCCGGCUCCAUGCGUAUUGGGAAAGACUUCAUCUUGUUCACAAAAAAGGACAACACGCUGACCUGCCUUUUCCUGUCAAGGACGUUCCAUGAAGAGGAGGGACUAGAUGAGGUGAUUGUACCCCUCCCCUCCUGGGAUCUGAAGACCAAGGAACCGCUGACCUCUGAUCCAGAGAAGUACGCCAUAGAGACAGAGCUGAUCUUCAAAUACUCGCCUUUUAAAAAUGAACAGCAGCUGAUGGAGCAGUUCAACAAAAUAGAAAGUAGCAGUGGCACUCUUGUGAUCAUCUAUAAUCUGAAGCUGAUGGACAACAGAGAACCAGAGCUGGAUGUAGAGACAGAUCACCAGGACAUACUGAUGGCUGGGACGCCUGUUGAAGGAGUGAAGCCAGAGAGGAGGUCAUUUAGAGCAUACGCUGCUGUUUUGUACAUCGACCCGCGCAUGAGGAUUUUUAUCCAGGGACAUAAAGUCAGGACCAAGAGACUGUCCUGCUGUUUAUAUAAACCAAGGGUUUAUAAAUACACAUCGACUCGUUUCAAAACUCGUGCUGAGCAAGAAGUGAAGAAAGCAGAUCACCUUGCUAAGAUUGCGGAAGAGAAAGCCAGAGAGGCGGAGAGUAAGCAGAUAGCUUUGGAGGCCAGAUUAGGAGAUGACCUGUCAAAAGAUUCGCGGGCAAUUCUGAGGAAGGUUCAAGAUUCAGCCAUGAUGCUUCGACGGGACUAUGACAUGAAGAAAAGGAUUCUCGAAGCCAAACAAAAAGCACUUAAGGAGCCCAAGGAGUUGAAUUUUAUAUUCGGAGUAAACAUUGAACAGAGGGACCUGGAUGGGAUGUUUGUCUACAACUGCUCUCGUCUCAUCAAGAUGUAUGAGAAAACAGGCCCCCAGCUGGAGGGAGGCAUGGCCUGUGGAGGUGUGGUCGGAGUAGUGGAUGUCCCAUAUUUAAUUCUGGAGCCCACUCACAACAAACAGGACUUUGCAGAUGCUAAGGAGUAUCGACAUUUACUGAAAUCCAUGGGGGAACAUUUAGCUCAAUACUGGAAGGACAGUAACAUUGCUCAGAAAGGCAUAGUAAAGUUCUGGGAUGAGUUUGGAUACCUGUCUGCCAGCUGGUCUGCACCUCCGUCAUCAGAGCAGAGAUACAAGAGACGUCGCGCUAUGGAGAUACCAUUAACUAUUCAGUGUGAUAAAUGUUUAAAGUGGAGAACACUGCCAUUCCAGAUGGAUGCUGUGGACAAACGCUACCCAGACAGUUGGGUUUGUCUCAUGAACCCUGACGGCACCCAGGACAGGUGUGACGCUGCCGAACAGAAACAGAAUUUGCCAUGUGGUGUUCUAAAGAAAGAUAAACAGACAGCUGAGGACAAACAGAAAGAGCUAGCAGAGAAAAUCAAACAGCAGCAGGAGAAACUAGAAGCUUUGCAGAAAACUAGCACCAUCAAAUCUGCAGCAGAUGUAAAGAAGCUCCCGCUGGAGGUCAGCAUGAAACCAACAGAGAGCUCGUCUCAGGCAACAAGAUCUUCUGAAAGGUCCAUAACACGCCCUCGCUCCCCUCCGCUCCCUGCUCACCUAAAAAGCCCCCCUCCAUCUCGUGCAGCUUCUCAGCGCCCCACCCGAACACCCGCCCCUCCACCUCCACCACCUAAAGUCGAGCCAUCCAGGUCCAGAAGUGCAGCAAAACCACCAACACCUGCAGCAAAACCUCCUCCGUCUGCAGCUAAGCCUUCACCCAAAGCUACUGCCAAAACACCCCCACCCAGCCGCAGCUCCAGGACAUCUGUCAAAGCAUCAUCAGCCAAACCAGCUUCUGCUGGACAACGCAAGAGAAUCAUACAGCAGGAGGACAGUGAGGAGGAGGAGGAAGAAGAGGAGGAAGAAGAAGAGGAGAAGGACAGCGAGGACGAGAGUGAGGAGGAGAGUGGAGAGGAAGAACCACAGAUAAAGAAAUCUAAGAUGGCUGCAGCAGCUGGUAACCGUGGGAAAGUAGUGGAGAAAGCCUCACCUCCUAAACGCGUCAAGUACGAAGAGGUUAACACCCAGAAGAAAGGAGUUUCUGCUCCUAUACGGCAGACACCAACCCCUACCCCUAAAUCCGUUUCCAUGCAACAGCAUGGGGCUAAAGCGAAGACAUCUGAGAAGCCCCAACAGGAGGAACCAGAGAUCAACAUUAAAAAUGCUCAGAAAGAUAAGGGCCUGCUGGUUGAAGUCCGUGUGAACAAAGAGUGGUACACAGGCAAAGUCAUUGCUGUAGAGGCAAAUAAAAAGAGUGUUCGCUGGAAAGUGAAGUUUGACUACGUACCCAGAUCCACCCCUAAAGACAGAUGGGUGUUCAAGGGUAGUGAUGAGGUCCGGUUGAUGCGGCCGCCAUCUCCAAUCUCUCAGACGCCUGACACCCAACAGGGUGAGAAGGGGCCAGCACCCAUGGAGCCUGACACUACUCAACCGGGAACCAGUCGCGAGGUGACUGACAGUCUGGUCACCAUGUUGAGGACAAUGCUGCGUUACUUCUUCCCUCCUGCUUUUCGGAUCCCAAAGGACGAUGUUAAUAGCAUGACGGCUGAGGAGUUGGUGGGCUUUCCUUUGAAAGAGUAUUUCCAACAGUAUGAAUCAGGUCUCCAGUCAUUGUGUAACUCGUACCAGAGCAGAGCUGAUGCCAGGGCCAAAGCUGUGGAAGAGAAGAGCAACAGCAAUGAAAUGAAACUGAGGGAGGCCGACGAGAAACUACAGAAACUACGAACAAACAUUGUAGCACUCCUGCAAAAAGUACAAGAGGACAUUGACAUAAACACAGAUGACGAGCUUGACGCCUACAUAGAAGACCUCCUCACUAAGGGUGAUUAAAGAAGACAGACAGAGUACACGCACAUUAACAGACUGGCAGUUUUCAUUCCAGCCAUUAAUUGCCGACGUCUACCUGAGGACUCAUGCUCAUGUGCAGAGUUGGCUGUUGAUAAGUUUGUCAUGAGUUUUGUUUUGAUUUUGAUCGCGUUCAGUCAGCAGCAGUUCGGUCUUUGAGUUCGGGCAGGUUCUCUGGUGUUUCUACAUUGUUGGGUAGCCGGUAGUUUUCUCUUUAGUCCUUUUUAUAUACCUGCUUAUAUAUGUUAAUCUAUGUUUAAGCCAUCCUAUCCUGAUCGACCUCUAAAAUACUUUGUGUAGGUUUAAUACCUUUAUGCUCCCUUUAUAUAGUCAGCUAAUGCUGUGACGGCUGCAGACUACGUUUGUUCCUUGUUUUGGUCCAUCAUAAGGUGAGAUUUGGAAGCACCAAGUGACUGGGCUGUAUGCUGCAUUGCAGCCUGUACUUAAACAUUAACUUUUAUUUUUGUACACUAAAAACACGUCAGUGUUGCCCCUUACCUUCCUCCAUCCUGGUCUGAGAAGAAAACCAGGUUAAUAUUUUACGGUUGGGUGGUGUGCCGCACCCACAAACAAAAACUACUUACUGGGUUUUAUCAGUAUGAUUAUUCCCUCAUAUCCCUCCUGCAUUUACAUUAUGACUGUUCAGUGUUUUAUUUUGGAAGAAAAGAAAUCUCAUUUAGAUGCAAAAGUUGUGUGUUCAUAAUUCAGUGCCUGUGUUCUUCCUUUUGAACAGAUUUUUAACAUGUCAUGGAAAUGUUUUAUUAAACGGUGCAUGCUUUCAGUCUUUUUGUUCUGAUUGGAACAAAGGAUUCUGUAUUUUUGACAAAUCUUUACUUCAAACAAUAAAACAGGUUCAGCAACA